UCCGGGAGCCCACGGCGGUUAAUUCUUUUUACCGUGAGGCUUCACCUCCCUCGGUCUGGGCUUCUCUGAGGCUGCGAGAGAUGGUCAGGUCCGGAUCUCGACCGGGCCAGGUGUUAUCUUCAGGAAGGCACACUGGACCUGCUAAAUUAACAAAUGGAAAGAAAGCGACCUAUUUAAGAAAAAUACCACGUUUUAAUGCAGAUUCUGGCUAUUCCAUCCAUUCUGAUUCAGCAAGUCAGGCUGAAACUGUACACGGGCUUGAUGGUUGUGCUUCUUUGCUGAGGGACAUUUUGAGAAAUGAAGAUUCAGGUUCAGAAACAGCAUAUUUAGAAAACAGAUCUAAUUCUAGACCUUUAGAAAGCAAAAGAUAUGGAUCAAAAAAGAAAAGACACGAAAAACAUACUAUUCCUUUGGUAGUCCAGAAAGAAACAUCAUCUUCAGAUAAUAAGAAACAGAUACCUAAUGAAGCUUCUGCUAGAAGUGAAAGAGACACAUCAGACCUAGGACAAAAUUGGUCAUUGCAAGAUCAUUAUAGAAUGUAUUCACCCAUAAUAUAUCAAGCCCUCUGUGAGCAUGUGCAGACUCAGAUGUCACUGAUGAAUGACUUGACUAAAAAGAAUAUCCCUAAUGGAAUUCCUGCUGUACCAUACCAUGCUCCCUCUCAUUCUGAAUCUCAGGAAGUUCGAACUGAUGGCAACAGUCAGUUUGCAUCACAAGGUAAAGCAGUUUCUGCAACCUGUACUGAUGUUCUAAGGAAUUCAUUUAAUACCAGCCCUGGAGUUCCAUGUAGCCUGCCCAAAACUGACAUAUCAGCUAUUCCAACAUUGCAGCAACUGGGCCUUGUUAAUGGAAUUCUGCCACAACAAGGAGUUCAUAAGGAAACAGACCUACUAAAAUGUUUUCAAACAUAUUUGUCUCUUUUUCGAUCUCAUGGAAAAGAAAUGCAUCUGGACAGUCAGACACACCGAAGCCCUACUCAGUCACAAUCAGCUUUCUUGGCUACUAAUGAAGAAAAAUGUGCCAGAGAGCAAAUUAGAGAGGCCACAAGUGAAAGAAAGGAUUUAAACAUACGUGUGCGAGAUACAAAAACAGCGAAGGAUAUACAGAAGGCAAAAAAUGUGAACGAGACAGCUGAAAAAGUUAGAAUUAUAAAAUAUUUGUUGGGAGAGCUCAAGGCCCUGGUAGCAGAACAAGGGGAUUCAGAAAUUCAGAGGUUGGUUACAGAAAUGGAGGCAUGUAUAUCUGUACUUCCAACAGUAAGUGGAAACACAGAUAUUCAAGUUGAGAUAGCACUGGCCAUGCAACCAUUAAGAAGUGAGAAUGCUCAGUUACGAAGGCAGUUGAGAAUUUUGAACCAGCAACUCAGAGAACAACAGAAAACUCAUAAGCCAUCUGGUGCUGUGGAUUGCAACCUUGAAUUGUUUUCUCUUCAGUCAUUGAAUAUGUCACUGCAAAAUCAAUUGGAGGAGUCACUGAAGAGCCAGGAAUUACUGCAGAGUAAAAAUGAAGAGCUGUUAAAAGUGAUUGAAAAUCAGAAAGAUGAAAACAAAAAAUUUACUAGUAUAUUUAAAGACAAAGAUCAAACUAUACUUGAAAAUAAACAGCAAUACGAUAUUGAGAUAACAAGAAUAAAAAUUGAAUUGGAGGAAGCCCUAGUCAAUGUGAGAAGCUCCCAGUUUAAGUUAGAAACGGCUGAAAAGGAAAACCAGAUAUUGGGGAUAACAUUACGUCAGCGUGAUGCUGAGGUGACUCGACUAAGAGAAUUAACCAGAACUUUACAGACUAGCAUGGCAAAGCUUCUCUCCGAUCUUAGUGUGGACAGUGUUCGCUGCAAGCCUGGGAAUAACCUUACCAAAUCACUCUUGAACAUUCAUGAUAAACAACUUCAACAUGACCCAGCUCCUGCUCACACUUCCAUAAUGAGCUAUCUAAAUAAGUUAGAAACAAAUUACAGUUUUACACAUUCAGAGCCACUUUCUACAAUUAAAAAUGAGGAAACCAUAGAGCCAGACAAACCCUAUGUUCUGUCCUCCAGAGGCCCUCAAAAUAGUAACACUAGGGGCAUGGAGGAAAUAUCUGCACCUGGAAUUAUUUCUGCCCUUUCAAAACAGGAUUCUGAUGAAGGGAGCGAAACUAUGGCUUUAAUAGAAGAUGAGCAUAAUUUGGAUAAUACAAUUUACAUUCCUUUUGCUAGAAGCACUUCUGAAAAGAAAUCACUUUCUAAGAGACUAUCCCCUCAGCCACAAAUAAGAGCAGCUACAACACAGCUAGUCAGCAACAGUGGACUUGCUGUCUCUGGAAAAGAAAAUAAACUGUGUACACCUGUAGUCUGUUCCUCUUCAACAAAGGAAGCAGAAGAUGCACCUGAAAAACUUUCCAGAGCGUCUGAUAUGAAUGACACACAGCUCCUCAAGAAAAUAAAGGAAGCAAUUGGUAAGAUCCCUGCUGCCACCAAGGAGCCAGAGGAACAAACUGCAUGUCAUGGCCCAUCAGGUUGUCUUAGCAACAGCCUUCAAGUGAAAGGCAAUACUGUCUGUGAUGGUAGUGUUUUCACUUCUGACUUGAUGUCUGACUGGAGCAUCUCUUCAUUUUCAACGUUCACUUCUCGUGAUGAACAAGACUUCAGAAAUGGCCUUGCGGCAUUAGAUGCCAACAUAUCUAGACUCCAGAAGUCUUUAAGGACUGGUCUUCUGGAGAAAUGAAUUCAGAAGAAAAUCCAUCAGGUGCUUCUUUUUAAAACUAGAACUUGGCUAUAUUGAAUGUGUAUUUCUCUUUAGUGAAGUGAUGUUUUAUAUUAUUAAUUAUGUGUGAAGUAAUACAUUGUACAAGUAGUAAAUGUAUUGUUGAGAUACAUUGACACUGAGGAGCUUAUAAAAACAAGUCAUCUUCAGAACUUGACAAUUGCUACAAGAAGAAAGUUGUAGAUAACUAGGAAAUUAUUGUAAGUAAUGUUUUAUUUCAGUACUUAGCAAUUAGAGUUCUUUUAUUAAGAUGUAUCUGCUGGAUUAAGGGUUCAGGUUGAAAUAGUUCUGUGGUUGUCCUAAAAGAUAAUGGGAAAAGAAUCUCUAGAUGUAAGUUUUUCUAUUGAAACUAGAGGUUUUUUUUUUUCUGUUUCCAUAUACUUUUUUUUUUAAUAGCAAUGUGUUUUUAUUAAACAUGCUGUGUGCCACAGGCCAGUGUUGUUGGUGAAAUAUAUAAACAUUUAUUUAAAGAGAAAAGUUACCAGUAUCUACACCUCUUAAAAAACAUUGAUUGGUCUAAAAAAUAUAUAGAUAACAUCCUAAAUUAACAUAUGGCUUCUUAAAACUUGGGCACUUUUAUUUGUUUUUAUCCCAAAUUCAUGUUUUAAGGCCUUUAAAGAAUAGUCAGACUGAUAAAGAAGUGCUAACAGAUAAGCUAUAGUUUGGGAAAUUUGUGGGUUUUUUUAAAAUAACAAAUGUUUAGUUUUGUCCUUAUAUUUAAACAUGAUGGAAUUUGUAAAUCUUGGCAUUGAUUUUAAUUCUGCCUUUUUGGAAGAAUUUUUUUUUUCCAGCAUGUUAGCUGAGAAUAUUCUCUAUUUUAUAAAUAAUAUGAAGUAGGUUGGUCUCUCUGCUUCUCCAUACCAGGACUUCUUAGCUCAGUAUCAUCUCCCUUCAUGUAAGCAGCACAUUUUAACUCUUAGGAAGCUGAACAUUGUGUUAUCACUAAUACUUUGUACAGGUUACCUGCCUACUCUAAUUGUCUUUAGUACUUGGACAGGCUUUAUCAAUUUUUUUUAUUUUAUUAUUAUACUUUGGCUUUAUCAUUAAAGAGCGUUCUCCUAGUCCCAGAA